CAGCCCCACCUGGACAUGAAACCCUUCCUGCAAUUCCCCAUGGACACGGCCCCUCAUCCACACAGCAUGAACCUCUUCCACAACUUCAACACGAUGGAUCCUGUGCAGAAGGCUGUGAUCAACCACACCUUUGGAGUUCCACUGAUCAAGACCAAGCGGCCAGUCAUCUCCUGUAACGUUUGCCAGAUCCGCUUCAAUUCAGAGAGUCAGGCAGAAGCCCAUUACAAAGGAAACCGGCAUGCCAGGAGAGUGAAAGGCAUUGAGACCUCUAAGAGUCGCCCUCACGAGGGGGACAAGCCUCAUACUGUGCCCCCCACCUCCUGCCCGUCUCCGCCCAUCGCCCCUGGCAUUCUCCUAGACAGCGUGCCAAACAAAGCAGAUGAAACACAGCCUCUGUCACAAUUAAACGGGUCCCUGCUGGCCCCGGGGCCCCUUUCCCCCUUUACCACCCCACCUACACCACCCAUGGACUUCCCCAUGGCCUCGGUGUGCCCCCUCCUGCCCACCCCCACUCCUCUCCUGAACCCCCCUUCUUCAUCCUCCCCAGGCUGCAGCACUGGCAGUGCCAGCUCAGAGCAGUCUGGAUCUGGACCCCCUGUUUCAGGAGCCGCCGGCACUACGGCCUCCAGCCCGUCCAAUCCGGAGACAGAGGAGGACAAGGCCAAGAAGCUGCUGUACUGCUCACUGUGCAAGGUGGCUGUCAAUUCCAUGUCACAGCUGGAGGCCCACAACAAAGGUACCAAACACAAAACUAUCCUGGAGGCACGGAGCGGGCUGGGCCCCAUCAAGGCAUAUCCUCGCCUUGGCCCCAAGCCUAUUGGAGAGCAGGGAGGGGGGCCGGUGGACCCCAACACUCAGGAACAAACCUUCCACUGUGAGAUCUGCAAUGUGCGGGUCAACUCUGAACUGCAACUCAAACAGCACAUAUCAAGUCGAAGGCACCGGGACGGCAUGGCGGGCAAGCCUAACCCCCUCCUCAGCCGACACAAGAAGCACAGGGGAGCUGAUCUGACGUCUUCAUUAACCUUCUCCAAGGAUCUUACCAAAGCUUUGGGUGCAAGGCUCUUGCACAACCCCUUGGCUGUUGCUGCAGCAAUGGCUGCCGCAGCUUCCUCGAACCAGAUGGCUCUCCGUGCAGCAGCUCCUGGACACCUCCCGCACCAUCACCUAUUGCAAGGCCAUCAUCUCAGCCAUCUCCUGAGACCCGCCCCUGGGCCCAUCCGCACCACCCACGGGCCAAUCCUCUUCUCCCCUUACUGA